UUGUUUGUUUUCCUUCUUCUGCAGGGCAGAUUCUGCAUCCCACAUGAACUACGAAAAUCCUCCACCUUACCCUGGCCCGGGCCCAACUGCCCCUUACCCACCCUAUGCACAGCAGCCGGGUGGUCCUCCUGGCCCGUAUCCAGGCUAUCCUCCCGGACCUACUGGGCCAUACCAGCCAGGCCAGCCAGGCUAUCAAGGAUAUCCCCAGUAUGGAUGGCAAAAUGCACCUCCACCUCCAGGACCAGUGUAUGCAGAUGGGCCUAAAAACACAGUGUACGUCGUGGAGGAGCGACGGCGGGACGACACGGGCGAGAGCGCCUGCCUGACGGCGUGCUGGACCGCGCUCUGCUGCUGCUGCCUCUGGGACAUGCUGACCUGAUGCCUGGCCCUCCCACGGAGCGCCCGCAGGCUCCCCACUCCUCUUCUGACUUCUUUCUGUUACUGUAAUCAAUGCUCUGCUUUGCACAGCCACGAGUUCCUGUAUGUCAGUCCUAGCAUCUUGUUGGGGUGGGGGGUGCACUCCUUUAUUUUAGUAAAGGAAAAAUCCCUUUUUAACAUUUCUAAGACUUUUGUUGUUACUUUGAAGAAUAUGCUAAUGGUGUAUUUCAGCCAAAGGCAUUCUGAUGAAAUGUAUAUUUAUCAGUUGAAAUUUUCCUAGUCCUGGAGAUGAAGAUGUACGCAAUAAUUAAAGCCAACAGUUGAUUUUCUUUGCCAGGUCCUGACUGUUUCAAUAAAUGUGUCCCGUAGAGGGUGUGCUUCCCC